AAUUGGUGCUUUAAAGUGAUUGGGUCGCCAGAUAGGCAACACCAGGGAUGAGAGCGUGCAGACAGCUAUGAGAGGCAGAAAGCAGCGGUGACAAGAGGAGAGGCAGAAAAGAGAAGACAUAUAUAUUUAUACUGUACUUUUAUAUAGACGGAGAGAAACUUUACAAAAGAGGACAGCGAGAGAGAGCAUGGACUCAAGGUGACUUUAUGGAAACUGAUGCACUGCAGGCAGUAGCUUUCACAACUUUUAAAAAAGGGAAAUUUAGGGAGUGUGCAGGGAAAAGAACGAGAUUAGGGGAGAAGAAAAACAUUUUCCACAGAAGAAGGAUUGAGAAAGAGGAAUAAAGUUGAAGAGGAAAAAGAAAAGGACGCCAACAGUAGCACCUGGAAACAACUGCGCUCGUGAAGAAAGAAGGAAACUAUAAUAAAUAAAUACUACUCUGUGCUUGACAAUGGGAGACCAAUUGCAUUUUCCAGCAGUUGCCAGCGCCUUGCUCCCUGUGGCCCUCUGCAUUUUGGCCCUUCUGCCCCACGGCCUUCUGGGAAAACGCGCAGAGGAGGAAUCUGCAGGCAGCUCAGCACUGCUGCAGAGGGUGAAGAGAGGCUGGGUGUGGAACCAGUUCUUUGUCCUGGAGGAGUACACCGGACUGGAACCACUUUAUAUCGGAAAGCUCCACUCAGACAUGGAUAAAGGCGACGGCUCCAUUAAGUACAUCCUGACGGGCGAGGGCGCGGGCACCACCUUCACCAUCGACGACAGCACGGGGGACAUCCACGCCAUUCAGAGGCUGGACCGGGAGGUGAAGGCCCAGUACGCUCUCCGUGCCCAGGCCCUCAACCGCCUGACGGACAGGCCUCUGGAGCCUGAGUCUGAGUUCAUCGUCAAGAUCCAGGACAUCAACGACAAUGAGCCAAGGUUUCUGGAUGGGCCCUACCAGGCGUCUGUUCCCGAAAUGUCCAACAUAGGAACAUCUGUGAUCCAGCUGACCGCCACGGAUGCCGACGACCCCACGUAUGGCAACAGCGCUCGUGUGGUCUACAGCAUCCUGGAGGGCCAGCCUUACUUCUCAGUGGACGCCAAGACUGGCAUGGUCCGUGUGUCCCUGGCAGACAUGGACCGGGAGACCAGAGAAAACUACACUGUGGUCAUCCAGGCAAAGGACAUGGGCGGACAGCUGGGGGGGCUCGCUGGUACCACCACUGUCAACAUCACGCUCGGCGACGUCAAUGACAACCCGCCCAUGUUUGACCAGAGGCUGUAUCAGAUGAGCAUCCCAGAGUCGGCUCCGGUGGGUUCAGUGGUGGGUCGUAUCUGGGCGAAGGACAGGGACAUCGGGGUCAACGCUGAGAUGAAGUACAGCAUCAUCGAUGGAGAUGGGAGGGACACCUUUGAAAUCAGCACCGACCCCACCAACCUUUUCGGCAUCAUCACAGUGAAAAGGCCACUGAACUUUGAGAGCAAGCCCAGUUAUACUCUGAAGGUGGAGGGCGCCAACACCAAACUGGACCCGGCCUUCCGCCACCGCGGGCCCUUCAAGGACGUCACCAUUGUGCACGUGAGCGUGGAGGACGUGGACGAGCCCCCGCUGUUUGACUCGACGACGUACUACAUCGAGCUGUCAGAGGACGCCGAGAUCGGGACGGUGGUGAAGACGGUGUCGGCGAGGGACCCGGACGCUGCCAACAACACUGUGAGGUAUUCCAUAGAGAGGUCCAGCGACCCCGACAAGUUCUUCUACAUCGAAAUCACUUCCGGGUCGCUGAUGACGGUGCGUUCGCUGGACCGAGAGGAGAUCGGCUGGCACAACAUCACCAUCCUCGCCAUGGAGAUGAAUAACCCAACUCAGAUCUCAAGCGUUUCGGUGGCUGUGAGGGUCCUCGAUGUCAACGACAACCCCCCCUCGCUGACGCACUACUUGGAGGGUUAUGUGUGCGAAAACGCCAAAGCAGGACAGCUGAUCCAGACGGUGACGGCGGUGGAUCCGGAUGAGCCGCUGGGUGGACAACACUUCUACUACAGCUUGGCUCCGGAGGCCGCCAACAACCCCAACUUCACCCUGAGAGACAACCAAGACAACACAGCGUGGAUCCUGACGCGGCGAGGAGGAUGGGCGCAGCAGGACCAGACCGUCUUCUACUUGCCCAUCUUCGUGUCUGACGGCGAGCAGCCGGUGCAGACCAGCACCAGCACGCUGACCAUCCGCGUGUGCAGCUGCGACCACGAGGGCAACGUCAUGUCGUGCAACGCCGAGGCGUACAGCCUGCCCGCCAGCCUCAGCAGAGGGGCGCUCAUCGCCAUCCUGGCCUGCAUCUUCGUCCUGUUGGUGAUGAUCCUGCUCAUGCUCUCCCUGCGCACCCAUCGCAAGAAGCCCUACCUGUGCGACGAGGAGGAGAACGUCCACGAGAACAUUGUGCGCUACGACGACGAAGGCGGCGGCGAGGAGGACACCGAGGCCUUCGACAUCGCCGCCAUGUGGAACCCGCGCGAGGCGCACCAUCACCUGGGCAAGAUGAGACAGGACAUGGUGCCGGAGAUCGAGAGCCUGUCGCGCUACGUGCCCCAGGCGUGCGUCAUGGGCGGCGGCAGCGGGGACAGUAACGUUCACGGAUACGUGCUGGCCAAGCUCCUGGACGCCGACAUGGACCCGUGCGCCCCGCCCUACGACUCCCUGCAGACCUACGCCUACGAGGGGGAAGGUUCGGUCGCAGAGUCGCUUAGCUCGCUCCAGUCGGGGACGUCCAACACGGACCACGAGUACGACUAUCUCAACGACUGGGGGCCUCGCUUUAAAAAACUGGCCGAGAUGUACGGCGUGCUGGAGACAAACGCUCCUCCAAUGUGGUAGGACACCAGAGCCUUUGCCUUUUUUAUUUUUAUUUUUUUUUUAUCUGAGAACAAUUACGCCGACAAAAAGAGAGACACAAACAUCAGAGACAAAAACGUGGCGCACAACAAAAGCCGCGGUGUGCUCGCGUCCACAUCCAUGACUAUUAGCACUUGAAUUCCUGCCGAAAGCCUGGAUUCUCCACAGCAUUGAAGGCCUGGUGAUGCCAGCAGCAGCAGUGUGAGCUGGUUUUAAAUCCCCCCCCGCCCCCCCUCCCUCCAGAGACCGAGGCUGGAUUGGUAGUCUUUGUGAGGCCGCAAAAGCAACGGCUUCAAAGCACAUGUUUAACUCCCCUGCCUGACCCAGCCACAGGCAGAGCCCGCUUUGGUUCAAAGAAUGGAGCGAUUUAUGCCAGAGAUGAAAACGACAGAGACCUGACUCACAGCAACACGGGAGACAAACUCCACACUGCCUAUCUUCUGUGCUUUUCAUAUACGACCCGAGCCACAACUCUGAG